CAUCAAAUUCCAUGUUUAAAUCUCACAAUCACUAGGAAAUAAUUUGACUCCCAUAGAUUUUACUUUCUCCAAGUGGUUACUCCACUUUCCUAAUGAAUAUCAUUGACUUCAGAGAAUUUGAGCACUCUUUAGUUUUGUUUUCAAUUGAGAAAUAGAAGAAAACACACGGAGAGGUUGAUUGACCUGAUGGAUACCAAGAAAUUUCUCCUCUUCAAGAAUUCCUACUUUGUUUUCCUUCUUGCAUCCAUGAACGAGUUCUUUUUCAUAAACUUGUCUCGAGCUCUUGGGUUUUUCUGGGUUUUUGUCUCCAAGUUCAUCUUCAGAUUGCAGGGUAAUGAAAAUUGUGCGAACGAAUCAGGGUUUGAUGUGUUUAAGGAAAAACGGAGUAUCGAAUGCACUGAGAAUGAACACAGAGACAGAGAGAAUGGUCUGAUGGCUGCAAGUAGUAAAUAUGAGUUUUCUGGUAGGGCAGAUAUCAGCGGAUUCAUCGAAGAACCGAAAACAGAGGGCUUUACCCUGCUUGAGUUCGACAGGGGUUCAGGUGAUAUUGCGGAAUCUGCUCAAACUAAUAGUCCAGAACAUAAAUUGGGAAGAGAUAAUAGGGUCAACGGGGAAACAGGAAGUCUUGUCGAAAGUCAUGUUUUUGGAAAAAUUACUGAGGAACAAGAAAUAGAGGCCAAUACUGUUUUUGAAGGGAAAACAGAGGACUCUGUUGAAGAAGAAGCAGGGGACUCUGUUGAAAAGGAAGCAGGGGACUCUCUAGAAAGUUUCGUCAUUGAAAAGAAACCAAGGAAAAAAGAACAUAGAAUAGGAGAAGACGAUCUUGUAGAAGAUCAGAGAUCAGAGAAUUCUGUUCAGGGUAUGGAGAAACAUGAAGAGGAAAAUGAAGAAAAGAGGGACGUUGUUGAAGUGAAAACAGAGGCCUCAGUUCUAACUUCUUCUAUAAAUUCAGAUGAUCAGGUAACUUUCAGUCCUGGGAAUUCUAAUGAAAAUGUUGAGAUGGAUGAAUGUGUAGAAUCCAAUCCUCAAGUUGAGAAUUCAAGUAUUGCGAAUGAAGGUUCGGAUGAUGAUGAAGAUGAUAGUCCUGAAGUUCAGCAGCUGAAAAUGCAAUUCAAACUGGCUAGAACAGGGGGACUUCCCACCAUUUCAGAAGAUUCCGAGUUUUCGAAAAUGAUAGAAGAACUUCAGCCACUGAAGAUUGAUGUCAAGUUGGAUCACAUUGCAGACAUUCAAAAGGUCUACAAGAGCUACUCAGACAGAAUGCGAAAACUGGACAUCCUAAAUUCCCAAACUAAACAUGCCAUCGGUUUGCUUCAGCUGAAUGACCCAGUUCGAAUAAUUGCAAAAUCUUCUGCUAUGCCUACGUCUCUCUUAACCAAGAAUAUAUGGCCAUUCAAGCAACAGAGGCCUGAGACUGACCGAACUGUGAAGUUGAUUAGAGACUUGCAUAGAGACUUGGAAAUAGUUUAUGUUGGACAGACAUGCCUUUCUUGGGAAAUACUCUGUUGGCAACAUGGUAAACUACAAGAGUUGCUUCAGCAUGAUGCACAAGGGAUUCAUCGGUUUAUUCAUGUCACCGCGGAAUUUCAAUUCUUUCAAGUGCUAGUACAUAGAUUUUUAGAGAAUGAACCGUUUCAAGGAAUGCCAAGGGUUGAGAAUUAUGUAAAGAGCCGAUGCUUACUUCCGAAAUUUCUCCAGGUUCCCAAGAUUAAAGGUAACAAUGGAACAAGAGUAGAGGAGGAAGAUGCAAGUGCAAUGUUGACAGAAAUAGUAGAGGAAUCGAUGCAGGUGUUCUGGGAAUUCCUUCGUGCGGAUAAAGAUGAAACCAGUUUAAGCUUGAAGGGUCCUCAGCAAAGACAGGUUGCUCCACAAGACCCUCUUGACUUAGGGCUUUUGAUGGAAGUUCAGAGACAUCUUCAGAAUAAGGAGAAGAGGCUUAAAGAGAUAAUGAGAAUUACAAACUGCAUAGUGAACAAGCUGCAGAAGCAACAAAGGACUGCAUUGGAUCAUGCGGUGUUUAUCGCCCAAGUGGAACUAAAACUGGUUUCAAGAGUGCUGAACAUGUCUAAGCUAACCACAGAUCAUUUAGUCUGGUGUCAUGAGAAGUUAGAAAAAAUGCGUUUUAGAAGUAGAAAAUUAGAGAUAGAGCCCUCAAUGUUGCUUUUCCCUUGUUGACAUGCUGACAUGCAUGCUUAGUUGCAAAUAUGGUGCCUAUUCAAAAAACCUUGGUUGUAAAUACACAGUGCAAAUAGAAGCUCGGAUUUCUG